AUGUCAUUAAUUACCUCGUUUGAAUUUGACCCUGAUUGUGUUAUAUCCAUUCCAUCAAGUGAUGAAAAAUUGUUCUUUCCUCAAACAUCUCAUCUUACUCAUAUUAGUAUUACAUUUCAUCAAUUCGGCGAUUGUGUUCGUUUAUUGAAUCAAAUAGGAGCACAAUUACAUUCAUUCGUUGUGAGCAUGAUGCACGUCUAUCUAUCUGAAGAAUUAGAUUUAUCACAAAUAUCAUUGAUAUCUUGUCCUAAUUUGAAAGAAUUAAAAAUGACAAUAUAUAGAAAUAUUUUCGAGUAUGAACAAUGUAUUAUUCCUUUUUUACAACGUUUAUCAAGUGUCGAACAUUUAACAUUAUUAUUAGCUAUCGGUGAAAAUGAAAAUGGACCAAAUCACUUUAUUGAUGGAUUGGACUUACAACGAGAUAUUAUUUCAUAUAUGCCUCAUUUAUGCCAGUUUGAUUUUCAUAUUCGUUCAAUUUUAAAAGAUGCUGCUCAUAUAAAACUCGAUAAAAUUCGCCAAAGUUUUUUUCAAUAUCAACAAUCUAUUGAUUGUACAAUUGAUUAUUUUAAUAAUCGAUAUGGUCAAUGUCAAACCUAUUCUCUUCCAUUUAUUGGUACUCGUCUCGACUUUAUUUCGAAUCGAUUUCCAUUAUUCGAUGUUGAAAAAAGAUUUUCAAAUGUUACUAUAUUAUUACUUUUUGAUGAUGUCAAACCUUUUGAACAUGGUUUUUUUCAACGUGUUGCACAAGCUUUACCUCAUCUUAAAGUACUUGAAAUAUUCAAUCUUCUUGAACAAGAAGAAAAAAGUACGACGACAAAUAAUUCUAUUGAAUUUCGUCAUUUAGCAACGCUUAUUUUGCAUGAUAUUCAUGCGGAUUAUGCUGAACAACUUCUAUAUCGAAGUUAUCUUCCAUGUCUAAUCGAACUUGCCAUUCGUAAUAAUGUAUUGUUAACAAUAAUUAAUCAAAAUCAACAACAAGUUAAAGACAAUUGUUCAAAAGUUGAAACUCUUAUUAUUGUUGAACCAUGGGCCUAUCCCAAUAGUACUCAUAUAAACUUUUUUCCAAAGUUAGGCAUAUUUCAUACAAUGUAA